GUACGGCUCACGAACCAGCACGCGACUGCAGGGGAGAGGGAAGUCCAUCCGAGGGCGGUAUCGCGGAGAGGAGUUUGGGAGAGUAUGGGCGCUAUCGAUAAAAACCCCAAGUCCGAGUCCCGUUCUUCCCUCUCUCGUAUUUGAAUUCCAAGAAGGUUUUCUUGAAUGAUUACUCGCUUCUGAUUCAGUGGAAAUCUUUAGCACCAUCAGUCGCUAAGGAAGUCGGGUUCGAAUCGAGGAGGAUUUCAGGUUUCUUGGGAUGUGGAUGAUCGAGCGAGGGUUUGUGGUGGGUUCUUGGCUCCAAGGAGCGGUAAUUCCGAUCCAUUCUUUCGAUUUGAACCGAGAAAGCCGUAGUUAUACUUCUUCUGUGUAUGGAAAAUAGGAAAUGCUGUCAAGAUUCGUUCUUGUUUCAUAGACUGAAUUCUUUCGCUCGCAAUCAAUUUGUUAUUUCCCGUUCAUUUUUCGAGGUAUACAAAGGUUCACCUCUGUAACAGAGUCAGUAAACCUAGGUUUGUGUGGAUACAGGAAGAGAGAAGAAGUGGGCGUCGUGAAGACCGAAUAUUGUUAUCUAUUUAUCGCAUUCUUGAAUACUUGAGCUAACUUUUCCAGUAAGGUUAUCAGAGCUAUAAAUUAUUUGGUUGCGAGGAUAUUAGGGCCGUUGCUCUCUUACGUGGGUGAAUUUGUUAGACUGAAUGCUGGCAUCGGGGAGGGGUGUAGAGAUAAACUCCACGAUGGAUGAGAUCAACCUCCUUCGCCAGGCCCAGCGCCAUCAUCUGGUGGUGAGGGGGAUAGGUGAGGAAAUUGAUUUAGAGAUAGGGCCUGGUGACGAUGAUCCUGCAUUUUCCAGCACCACUCUUGUUGGUGUACCCAUGCAAGAAUCUGCUGCUCCAGAGGAGCAAGAAGACCACAAACAGCUUAUUUUGGCCUCUCAGGCCCAUAAUGAAGAACAGCAGGAGCUUGUGAAGCUGCCGCAGGCAAAGAGGAAGAAGAAGGUGGUGAAAAAGUGGAGGGAAGAGUGGGCGGACACCUACAAAUGGGCUUAUGUAGAUUCCAUUGAUGGCACGAAUAGAAUAUUUUGUUCUGUUUGUAGAGAGUAUGGGAGGAAGCAUAGGAGGAAUCCAUAUGGGAAUGAGGGGAGUAGAAAUAUGCAGAUGAGUGCGUUGGAAGAACACAAUAAUAGCUUGCUCCACAAGGAGGCUCUUCGUCUUCAAAUGGCAUCCAAGGACAAGUGUCUGCCCGCUAUUGAGAGGCCUGUCUAUAUAAAAGACUUAAUGUUGAAGAGUGCUGGGUCGAUUCUUGAAUCUGUAUUGAGAAGGGAUCCUCACGAAGUUGAGUUUAUACAGUCUGUGCAAGAGGUGGUUCAUUCUUUAGAUCGUGUAUUGUCGAAGAACUCUCAGUAUGUUCACAUCUUGGAGCGCUUGUUAGAACCUGAGCGAGCAAUAGUCUUCAGAGUGCCAUGGGUUGAUGACAAGGGAGAGACGCAUGUGAACCGAGGCUUCCGUGUGCAAUUCAGCCAGGUUCUGGGUCCAUGCAGGGGUGGCCUUCGUUUUCAUCCAUCCAUGAACCUAAGCAUUGCCAAGUUUCUUGCUUUUGAACAGACUAUGCAAAAUGCUCUAUCACCAUAUAAACUUGGAGGUGCUGGGGGAGGGAGUGAUUUUGAUCCAAAAGGAAAAAGCGAGAGUGAGAUAAUGCGUUUUUGUCAAAGCUUUAUAAACGAGCUAUAUCGAUAUUUGGGGCCUGAUCAGGAUCUUCCUGCCGAAGAUAUGGGUGUGAGUCCAAGGGAAAUGGGAUACCUCUUUGGGCAGUAUAGACGCAUUGUUGGUCAGUUUCAGGGAAGUUUUACAGGACCAAAGAUCUACUGGUCAGGUUCUAGUCUUCGAACUGAAGCUACGGGAUAUGGACUGGUUUUCUUUGCGCGUCUUAUUCUGGCAGAUAUGAAUAAGGAACUCAAAGGAUCAAGAUGUGUUGUUAGUGGUGCUGGCAAGAUAGCAAUGCAUGUCUUGGAGAAACUCCUAUCCUGUGGUGCCAUCCCUAUUACUAUAUCAGAUUCUAAGGGCUACCUAUUAGAUGAAGAGGGAUUUGAUUAUGUCAAAUUUUCACUGCUUAGAGACAUCAAAGCUCAACAAAGAAGCUUGAGAGACUAUUUGAAAUCACAUGCACAGGCUAAGUAUGUCGAGGAUGCAAAGCCUUGGAAUGAACACUGUGACAUUGCAUUCCCCUGUGCUUCACAAAAUGAAAUAGACCAACCUGAUGCUGUUGCUUUAGUUAAUUCUGGUUGCCGCAUUCUAAUAGAAGGUUCAAACAUGCCCUGCACCCCUCAAGCAAUUGAUGUUCUGAGAAAGGCUAAAGUUCUGGUUGCUCCAGCAAAGGCAGCUAGUGCUGGUGGGGUUGCUGUUGGAGAACUUGAACUUAAUCAUGAAUACAAUUUGAUGCAAUGGUCAGCUGAGGAUUUUGAGACUAAAUUGCAGGACACAAUGAAGCAGAUGUAUGAGAGAUCACUCAAAGCUGCAAAUGACAAUGGACUAAAAGAUAGCCCAGAGUUGCUACGCAAAUUGUAGAUGGUUCAUCUUCAGCUCCUGCUUAUCAAAGUCCUCACUGAGUUUCUAGUUUUGCUGCAGAGCUUUGGUGCAUGGGGGAAACAUCUGUGCAUUCCUCAAUCUUGCUCAGGCUAUGAUUGACCAAGGUUGCGUGUGAUUCAACGAGAUUUCAUAGUCAUCAAAUGGGAACAUCUGUGCGUUCUUAAUGUUGCUCAGGCUAUGGUUGACCAAGUUUGCGUGUGAUUCAAGUUUCUUGAGAUUUCAUAGUCAUCAAAUUGGUUGUCAAGUGGAGCAUUCAGCCACAGAGAAGCAGCCAUAUGCUAAGCAUGUAAAAUACUGCACUGGAUGUUCAGUGCACACAGAUGAAGUCCUGUCUCCCUCCACGUUGCUGAAAUAUUUUCGGCUUAAUGGAAUGGAAGAUGCUGCAAUAAGUCCUGUGCCCCUCCACGUUGCUGAAAUAUUUUCGGCUUAAUGGAAUGGAAGAUGCUGCAAUAAGUGGCUGAGACUCUGUAACAUAGACAAAUGUGUGGUAGAUUUGAUAGGAAAAAGAAUCAUUGGGAGAUCUGUUGCUCAUGGUGUUUGCAACAUCCUAUCUGCAGAUUUCACUAUUGUGAAUAAUGUAAAACAUGAUUAAGAAUAAAGUGCAUUAUUAUUUACCAGUCUCAGAAAUUGAUGAU